AAACAUAAAUCAUUUCAUUAUGUCUAAUACAAUAUAAAUAAAUUUUGGCAAUGUCUAUCAUAUGAAAUAGGUCUAUGAAAAUUGAUUCCAGAAUAUUGUAAUAAAAGAAAUAAGCUUUGUUGUUAAACAGAAGUUCGAAUACUCAUAUAUGCAAUUUCUAAAUCAUUAGUCUUUUUGUUUGUGUUUUAACUUAAGCAACAGAUUUUAAUCUAAUUUUUUUAUUUUGAAUCCAUUUUACCGACAAUAACCAAAAAUGGAUUAACAAUCUAAUAAUCGAUUAUAAUCGGAUUUUCUUCGGUUUUUUUACAUGGUACUAAACUGAAAAAAUAAAUGCCCAUUUUAUUACAAAAUAUUCAAUCAAUACUUAUUUUCUCAUAUGACAGUAGUUGAACAAAAAUAAAGAAAGAAAGAAAAUGUCGUCUUCAAAUUCAUUUACUCACUCACAUGUAGUCAAUUGAGAUAAUAGAAAAAUGCAUUUUUAUUUUCAUUGGCGACAUCAGUCAAUUAGAUGCAAGAAAUGUACGCAUAUAAAUAAUCACAUUUCGGAGUUACAACACACAUAAAUAGAAGUGAAAAAAAAAUGGAACACUCAAUGAUUCAAUUGGAUGAUUUACCUAAUGAGAUUCUUAUGAUGAUUUUUAACAACAUGUGUCAAGCUGAUAUCCUCUAUUCUUUAAUAGGUGUUAAUCAACGACUUAACACAAUUGUAUAUGAUCCAAUUUUUACUAAUCAUUUGACUUUACUGGAACAUUCCUCGGAUAACUCCAUACAUUCAUUAACUGAUUCAAUGCUUGAUCAAUUUUGUUUACAAAUUUUACCUAAAAUUAAGCAUAAAAUCCAAUGACUUGAUCUUGAACCAUUAUCUAUGGAAUGUAUCCUUCUUGCUACAAAUUAUCCUAGUUUAUAUAGACUUACUUUAUAUAAUAUUAACUUGCGUACAUGUGACCAUUACUUGUUUGGUAAGAUAUAUUAUUUCAAUGUUUGUAAUUAAGAACAAAUGAGAAGCAUAUAGAGACAAAGUUUAUCAUCGUAGGUUCAUUAAGCGUAACAUGAGAAAUUCAUAUCUUCAGUUUUAUGGAUGUUUUUGUUAAAACUAAAUCAGUAUUUUAUUUCCAUUGCUAAUGAACUACUCAACAGGCUUUCCAUGCUGAUUUCGAAUGAGAAUGAAUUUAUCUGCUUUAGGAUUAAUUUAUUUCUCAUGAUUUUCGUAUUUAUGUUUAGACAAAAAUCCAUUAACUGAUCUAUUUCAAAAUCAAAUUUUAUCACUUACUUUCAAUAUGACAGUAAAUAAAAAGCCAGAUUUUGGAGAUCUAAUUAAUACAAUUAUAUUUCAACAUAUUAUUCAAAUUUUCAUCAACCUACAAUAUUUGAAUUUCUGUCCAUCUUCAAUUUGGUAUUCAAAGUUGUCGUUUGAUAGUUUAGUUCGAGAUUUAGAUUCUUCAAAUCUCUUAGAACUGCAUGUCACUGUAAACAAUUGCGAUGAUUGUCUCUAUUUACUUGAUGGACGUUUCAAUGAACUUCGUAAAUUUCAUGUUAAUAUUUCUGACAUUCACUCUACGCAGCUAACAAUCAAUAAUACGGAAAAUUUACCUAAUUUAAAAUGCUAUUCGUUAUAUUUUAACGUAGAGAUAAGUGCUUAUGAUGAAUUAACUGUUCCACUUCUACAUCGAAUGAUAAAUUUAGAAGAACUUGGUUUAUAUGUUAAAAUUUGUGAAAGGAACAAAUUUGUUGAUGGUCAUGAUUUAAAAAAAAACAUUAUCAAUAAAUUGGUACGAUUAAAAAAAAUUCAAUUUUAUUUUCGUUCAACUAUUGGUCUUCUUAAUCAAAUUAAUUUACCAUCGAAUGAAGAUAUUCAAUACACAUUCAAAGAUUUUCCUGAUAAUCAUAUUACUUCUUAUGUCGAUUACUUUUCAGAUACUCAACAAAGUCGAUGUCAUAUUUAUUCGCACCCUUACACACUCUGUGAAUAUUAUAAAAUAACAAAUAAUUUUCCAGAAGAUGACAAUCAAAUUUUACCAAUUAUUGAAUAUCCUCAUCUUACUACACUUGAUCAUACUGAAGCUCAUUUAGAUUAUAUCGAAUUAUUUCUACUUGAUACUAAAACACGUUUAUCAAAUAAUGUUUAUCUUGUUGUCAUUUACCAAGCACUAAGAAGAGUCACAGAAAAAUUUACAAGAAAUGCAACACGAAUCAACGGCAAAAAAUUACGUCGUUUAAGUUUACUUGGUAAAUAUCGAAUUCCUAAAUAUGUAAAAGAAUAUUUUCCUCAUACAGAAAUAUUAAAUUAUUAA